AUGACAGGCCCUCUCCGAAAGAGACACCCCUUAUUUAAAGUAGUAAAAAAUUUCCUAAUAGACCUCCCCUCCCCUAGGAAACUGUCCAUAUGUUGAAAAUUCGGGUCCCUAUUAGGCCUUUGCCUGAUCACCCAAAUAAUCACAGGCCUAUUUCUCGCUAUGCAAUAUACCUCAGAUAUAUCUCUAGCCUUUUCGUCCAUCAGCCACAUAUGCCGAGACGUAAACUAUGGUUGACUCCUACGAAAUAUACACGCCAAAACGGCCUCCUUCUUUUUCCUUUGCAUUUAUUUCCACAUAGGCCGAGGAUUAUACUACGGCUCCUACAUAAAAAAGGAGGCCUGAAAAGUAGGCGUUAUCCUCCUUCUCCUCACCAUGCUAACAGCUUUCGUUGGGUACGUUCUCCCAUGAGGCCAAAUGUCAUUUUGAGGAGCAACAGUGAUCACAAACCUUGUAUCUGCCCUCCCCUAUAUAGGAACAUCAAUAGUCCAAUGGCUUUGAGGAGGAUUCUCAGUUGACAACGCCACCCUCACCCGAUUUUUUGCCUUCCAUUUCCUAUUUCCCUUCAUCAUCACCGCUCUCUCGGUCAUCCACCUAUUCUUCCUCCACCAAACUGGUUCUAACAAACCUACGGGAAUAGAAUCAAAGUUUGAUAAGACCCCCUUCCACACCUACUUUUCCUAUAAGGACCUCACGGGGUUUGUAGCUCUAUUUACCCUGAUAAGCGCAAUAGUUCUUUUAUCCCCAACCUUACUUAGAGACCCCGAAAAAUUCAAACCCGCUAACCCUUUAGUUACACCAGUUCACAUCCAACCGGAAUGAUACUUCCUUUUCGCCUACGCGAUCCUCCGAUCCAUCCCCAAAAAGUUAGGAGGCGUAAUAGCCUUAUUAGCAUCAAUCCUCAUCUUGUUCAUGGUCCCAAUCCUCCACACAUCAAACAACCAAGCUAGCACCUUUCGACCUGUUUCACAAAGACUCUUCUGAUGUCUUACCACCAUCUUCCUGUUCCUAACAUGAAUAGGAAGGCAACCCGUAGAAGACCCAUUCAUCCUCCUCGGGCAAAUAGCCUCAACGGCUUACUUCCUCUUGUUCUUGUUCGCGAUUCCUCUAACAUCAGAACUAGAGAAAAAGCUGAUUUUCU